GGAGUGGAAGCGGGGCAGAGAGACGGGGAGAGAGAGAGAGAGAGAGAGAAAGAGAAAGAGAGAGAUUUCUCCCAGUAGUACGGUAUGGUAUGGAGCAGAGUUCGCGUUCUCUGUGCAGCCACAGCGCUGGAGCGGGACUUUGAAACGCUUCUAAUAACUCCAGGGACGGAUUCCCGUGCUUUAUUUGUUUUUCCCGAUGCGGGCUGCAGUGACUCAGAGCGUCAACUAGAUUAAAACUGUCCUCCAAAAGACAUUCUUGUGGUGUGGAGCUCUGCCACCUUUCCUCUCCUCGAGGCAGUCCAUUUUCCCCUUGAGCUCAUUCUGACGAGCUGGUAGACGUUGUGUACGUUAAUCAUCGAUUGUACCGAACAGAACGUUAGCCCUGCCCUACCUGUACUGAAGUAGGGAUUGACCUCAACUCUACCGUCGAUCAAUGCGCCUGCCAUGUUGACAGUGAUUAAGGAGGAAUGCCUGCUCCUGAGCAGAGUCCCAUGUCGGAGGAGGGUCUUCUGCUGCCAAUCAAAGAUCAAUUAGCCAAUCACAACAUGGAAUCUGAGAGCACUGCCAACAAUAUCCUGGCUUCUGUCAAAGAACAAGAGCUCCAGUUUGAGAGGCUGACCCGGGAACUGGAGGUGGAGCGACAGAUUGUGGCCAAUCAGCUGGACCGAUGCCGACUGGAGGCGGAGUCACCGGGAGCUGCGAGUGGCAGUUCCUCUGAGAAGUCCCUCCACUGGAGACCUACAGAUGUGUCGAGUUCCGCCGAUGCCAAGUCUGUCAGGGAGCAGCUGUCGCUGUGCUCACCGGAGCAGAGCUCUCUGCACGAAAGUGAGGGGUCCGUUGGGAACUCGCGCAGUUCCACGCAGAUGAACUCGUAUUCUGACAGCGGCUACCAGGAUGCAGGCAGCUACUACAGCAGCCAGAACGUGGGAAGGACGGAGAUGCGGCUACAGCACUCGUACCCAGGCGGCGGUCCCGCCGGCAGCAGCACGCUCAUGAGGAACUCCAGGGCAGAGGGCCAGGCUUCCAGCCAGAUGUCUGGAGGUGUCAGCGGGGCGAUCCCUGGACGAGCCAUGCGGCGUGUGUGCUCUGUGCCGUCUCGGGCGCAGUCACCCGCCUACAGCACCGGCAUCUCUCCCUCGCGUGGGUCUUUGCGGGCGUCGCCGGGCAGUGCCUACGGCUCACCCAUCGUGACCGAGCCCAAGCCGCUGCCCAGCAUCUUCUCCAGCAGCACCUUGCCCAACUCCCAGCGGGCCAGCUCUCCCUUCUCUGCCCAAAGGAACUCGCCGUCCACCUUGCGCAGGAUGGGCUCGGGCACCAGCCGUACCACCUCGCCCUACUCGGCACGUCUGGGCUCACCGCUCAGCGUGGCGGUGGAAGAAGGCCAAGCGGCAUCAGGUUCAUCUCCGGUGCGAACAGGAAUGACCGCCAUGCCGCAGCAUUAUGGGUCGACGUUGCCGAGGACGCUCCUGCACGAGGGCGCCGAUCCCUACAGUACACAUUCAUACGAGCUCUACGAAAGGAUGGUGCCACGCCCGGACAGCUUGACAGGUCUGCGGGCGUCCUUCGCGAGUCAACACAGUCAUCAUGGGGCUGAUCUGCGCUCGACCGUGAGUCCAGACCGCCACAUUGGACCCAUCUACGAAGACCGAGCCUUUCAUGGGCCUCUGUACCGCAGCCCCAGCCACGUUACACACUCGCCACUCUACAGAUCGCCUUCAGGCGUCGGGAACCUGCAGAGGAGCUCCAGCCAGCGCAGCAACAUGACGUACCAAAGAAGCAACAGCUACACAGCGGUGGCGUACUCAGACCCGUAUCGCCCCGGCCCGUACCGACCCUCUGAAGGCGGCUUCACCCGGCACGCCAUCAGCAUCAACGACGGGGCCGUUCGCUCUCCCUCCAUCGACAGUAUUCAGAAAGACCCCAGAGAGUUUGCAUGGAGGGACCCGGAGUUGCCGGAGGUGAUUCAUAUGCUGCAGCAUCAGUUUCCCUCUGUGCAGGCCAACGCAGCAGCUUACCUACAGCACCUGUGUUUCGGAGAUAACCGCACUAAGGCAGAGGUGUGUCGGCUGGGUGGGAUCAAGCACCUGGUGGAUCUGCUGGACCACAAGGUUGUGGAGGUGCAGCGGAACGCGUGCGGCGCGCUGAGGAACCUGGUGUACGGAAAAGCCACCGACGACAACAAGACGGCCGUGAGAAACGCCGGGGGCGUGCCGGCUCUGCUCCGCCUGCUGAGGAAGACCGUGGACGCAGAAGUGCGAGAGAUCAUAACAGGGGUCUUGUGGAACUUGUCCUCCUGUGACGCUGUUAAGAUGACAAUCGUCCGCGAUGCCUUAACAACUCUGACCAACACUGUGAUCAUUCCCCACUCGGGCUGGAGCAGCGCGUCCUACGACGACGACCACAAGCUCAAAUUCCACUCCUCACUCGUGCUGCGCAACACCACCGGCUGCCUGAGGAACCUGAGCUCGGCCGGAGAGGAGUCCAGGAAGCAGAUGCGCUCUUGCGAAGGGCUCGUCGACUCGCUGCUCUACGUCAUCAAAGCCUGCGUCAGCACCGCCGACUUCGACAGCAAGAUAGUGGAGAACUGUAUUUGCACUCUGAGGAAUCUCUCGUACCGUUUGGAGCUGGAGAUGCCUCCUUCACGGCUGAUGGAUAAUCAGGAGAAGGACGGGUUGCUGGGGACGGAGUCGCCGAGUAAAGAGGCAGACUACAGCUGCUGGGGGAGGAAGAGGAAGAAAAAGAAGAAGAGUGUACAGGAGGAGCAGUGGGAUGGUGUGGGACCGAUCCCCGGGUUCUCCAAGUCUCCUAAAGGAGCCGAGAUGCUGUGGCACCCUGCAGUGGUGAAGCCUUACCUCACUCUACUGGCCGAGAGCUCCAACCCCGCAACACUAGAGGGCGCUGCUGGAUCCCUGCAGAACCUUUCAGCGGGCAACUGGAAGUUCAUCCUAGUCUGUCCUGGCGUGUUUGCGCAGUUCUCGGCGUACAUCCGUGCAGCAGUGCGGAAGGAGAAAGGUUUGCCCAUCCUGGUGGAGCUGCUGAGGAUGGAUAACGACCGCGUGGUGUGUUCUGUAGCCACAGCGCUCAGAAACAUGGCGCUGGACGUCAGGAACAAGGAGCUGAUCGGGAAGUACGCGAUGCGUGACUUGGUGAACCGGCUGCCCGGAGGUAGCACCACUCAGCUGUCCGAUGAGACGGUGGCGGCCAUUUGCUGUACGCUCCACGAGGUCUCCAGCAAAAACAUGGAGAACGCCAAAGCUCUCGCCGACACGGGAGGCAUCGAGAAACUCGUCAACAUCACCAAGGGACGUGGAGAGAGGUACUCGAUGAAGGUGGUGAAGGCUGCAGCGCAGGUUCUCAACACACUGUGGCAGUACAGAGACCUGCGCACUAUCUACAAGAAGGAUGGCUGGAAUCAGAAUCACUUCUUGACUCCUGUGUCCACGCUGGAGAGAGACCGCUUCAAAUCCCAGCCCACAUUACCCUCAAACUCCCUGCAGAUGUCCCCAGUCAAUAAGACAGCGGGCAGCACCACCUCGUCUCCAGCCGUGUUGGGGAUUAAAGAACAGCGCUCCGAUUACCAGAGGACCGCACAGCCACCUAUGCAAUUUUAUAACUACCAAGGAGACGGCAGUGCGCAUAAAACCCCAUACACAGGGUCGGUGAAAUCAUCUCCGUUUUAUCUCAGCUCUUACUCCUCUCCCGGCAGAGACGAAUCCAGGAGAGGCCAGCAGCACAUAUGUUACGUGGAUGAGACUGGACAGAGGGGUUACGAGCCGUAUCGGACGUACGUGCAGUCCCCGCAGGCAUACGACGACCCGUACCUGGAGGAGACGCUGCAGUACUCCACUACAGACUACCCCGCACAGCCUCACACACUCAAAGCCACCACCAACUACGUGGACUUUUACUCCAGCACACGCAGAGCCUCGUACCGCACCGAUCAGUACCCGGGCUCGCCAGACUCCUGGGUAUAGAGACACGAAAUACGAACAGACGGCACCCUCAAUACCGUGUCCGAUUCGAACAGAGAUGGAUUCCGAACGUGGACGAGGGGAGAGAUGAAAAGAGCGAACGUUUAGCCAAAGAAGGAAGAGCAGCAGAGUGUGUGUUUUAUCCAUGGAAGCAGAAAGAAAGUAGAAUCGGUGUGUGUGUGUGUGUGUGUAGAAGCGACCGACUGAUUAGCGAGCCCGACGUAUGUGUAGACCAGAGUUCCGCUCUGAUUUUAUUUUCUUAUGGCAGUGCAGGUGAAGGUGGCCCGAGGAAGCGACGUGCAGAAAGGUUUGCGUCAGAGAAUCAGACAGGGAAACGUGUAUGAACUUAGACUGAAAUCAAUCGAGAACUUAUACCUGUUAAAAAAUAAAUAAAUAAAAAAAGAAAAAAAAGAAAGAAGAAGAAAUAAUAAUGACGAUAACGUUAAUGAUAAAUAACGAUCUUAAGACAUUAGCUUAAACAGAGGGAACAAAACUGUAUACGUACUUCUCGUUGAGAUCGUGAAUGCCACUGAGUCUUGUACAUUUCCUUCGGAACACUGUAAAUACAGAAAAGAAAGAAAAUGCAAUGCCACAUUAAAGAGAUGUAGAAAUCUAUAAAUAUACAGAACUAAAAGCAGAAGGCUGCAGGCCUGACUCCAUGAUACUACAGUCUACCUGAAGUAAUAAAAAAAAAUCAUCUUUGUUUUUUAUAAAUCUGUCAUUUCUUUCUCUGUGUGUUUUUGUUUUCAUUAAAGGUGCAGUUAGAAUAACAGAAGAUCUGAAUUGUUCUCCCAGUUAAAACCAAGCUGUUCAGAUCCGCCCCUUUUCCCGAAAGGGAACCUGUGACGCAGUGAUGUUUCAUGGAGGAUGUAAGGUUGCUUGACGUGAAGGAGAAGGCUUGUUUUUUUGUUUUUUUUUUGGAGAAUCUCUGCAGACAUCUUAAGAGCUGGUCUGUUUUUUUUGUUUGUUUGUUUUUUGUCAGCUAGGGUUGAAGUGGCAUUUGUUGGUUAAGUACAGCGCCCUCCACUAAUAUUGGCACCCUUGGUAAAUAGGAGCAAAGAAAGGUGUGGAAAAUUGUCUCGAUUGUUUUAACUUUCUGAUCUUUUGUUCAAAGAAUUCACAAAAAUACUCUGCUGUCAUGUAUAUCAAACAAUUUCAGACACAGCACAGGUCUAUCCAAAAAAAAAUCUGUUAAAUAUAGGUGUGCCACAUUGAUUGGCACCCCUAUGAAUUCAUAGGAGGAAAAAUAUAUUUGUAGUAUAUUCCCAUUGAUAUUUUACUUCUUUUUUUUUUGUACACCUGGGUGACUAGGAACAGGAAAUAGUUCAACCAUGACUUCCUGUAUCACAGGGGUAUAAAUAUGAGGUAACACAUUGGCCAAAUUCCCUUAGUCAUUCAUCACAAUGCGUAAGAGCGAGGAAUGUAGCUGUGACGUGCCGCAAAAGGUUGUUGAGUUUCACAAAAUGGGGCGUGUCUAUAAGAAAAUAACACAAGCAUUGAAGAUGUCCAUUUCCACCAUCAGGGCAAUAAUGAAGAAGUUCCAGUCGAUUGGAAAUGUUAUGAAUCGACCUGGAAUUGGACGUGUGUGUAUAUCGUCUCAACGCACUGUGAAGAGGACGGUUCGAGUGGAUAAAAAUCUCCGAGGAUCACAGCUGGAGAACUGCAGAAGUUAGUUGCGUCUUGGGGUCAGAAAGUCUCCAAAACUACAAUCUGAAAUCACCGACAUCACCACAAGCUGUUUGGAAGGGUUUCAAUAAAAAAGCCUCUACUCUCCUCCAAAAACAAACAGUUUGUCAGACACGACUGGAACUGCAAAUGGGAUCGGGUUCUACGGUCAGAUGAAACCAGAAUAGAGCUUUUUGGUAAUAAACACAGAGGUGGUUUUGGUGCACACAGAGAGGUAGCCGUAUGGAAAAGUACCUCAUGCCCACGGUUAAAUAUGGAGGUGGAUCUUUAAUGUUUUGGGCUGUUUCUCUGCCAGAGGACCUGGACAUUUUGUUAGGAUACAUGGCAUCAUGGACUCUAUCAAAUAUCAACAGAUAUUAAAUGAAAACCUGACCGCCUCUGCCAGAAAGAUUCAAAUGGGCCGUGGUCGGAUCUUCCAGCAGGACAUUGAUCCAAAACAUCAUCAGAAUCAACACAGAAAUGGUUUACUGACCACAAAAUCAAGUUCCUGCCAUGACCAUCCCAGUCCCCUGACCCGAACCCCAUAGAACACCUGUGGGGUGAACUGAAGAGGAGAGUCCACCAGCGUGGACCUGAAAUGUGAAGGAUCUGGAGAGAUUCUGUAUGGAGGAACGCUCUCAGAUCCCCCGCCAUGUAUUCUCCAACCUCAUCAGGCGUUAUAGGAGAAGACUCAGCGCUGUUAUCUUGGCAACGGGAGGAAGCACAAAGUACUGACUAAAAGCGUGCCAAUAAUUGUUUCACACCUAUAUUUAACAAAGAUAUUUUUUAAUAAACCUGUGUUUUGUUUGCAAUUGUUUGAUAUCCAUGAGCGCAGCGUAUCCUCUAAACUAAAGAGGAGAGGGACCAUCUUUUUAUCAGCGCUCGGUUCAAAAGCCUGCAUCUCUGAUGGUAUGGGGGUGCAUUAGUGAAUACAGAAUGGGCAGCUUGCACAUCUGGAAAGGCAACAUCACUGCUGAAAGGUAUAUACAGGUUUUAGAGCAACAUCUGCUUCCAUCCAGAUUCCAUCCCGUCUUUACUUCUGAGAGACUCCGCCUCUCUAAGAUACUCUUUUAUACCCAGUCAUGUUACUGACCUGCUGCCAAUGAACCUAAUUAGUUGCAAAAUGUUCCUCCAGCUGUUUCUUUUUAGUAACACUUACUUUUCCAGCCUUUUUCCUCACGUUUCCAGCUUUUCUGAGACAUGUUACAGCCAUAAAAUUCAGAAUAACCUUAUUUUUUUCCUUAAAAUGGUACAUUUCCUCACUUUAAACAUUUGAUAUGUUCUCUGUGUUCUAUUGUGAAUAACACCUGAGUUUAUCAGAUUUGCAAA